GAGUUCAGUGCGGGAGAGAUGGCUGCUCAGCGAGGCUGCGAGGAGCAGGAACCUGUCACUGGAGCACAAAUCAUUGCAGAGGCGCUAGUCGCACAAAAUGUAAAGUAUAUGUUUGGCAUAGUUGGAAUCCCUGUCAUUGAAAUAGCUGUGGCUGCGCAGGCUGCUGGGAUCAAGUAUGUGGGGAUGAGAAAUGAACAAGCGGCUUGCUAUGCAGCCUCUGCUGUGGGCUAUCUAACUGGCAGGCCAGGAGUAUGUCUUGUUGUCUCUGGACCAGGCCUCAUCAAUGCACUAAGUGGAAUGGCAAAUUCUAACAUGAACUGCUGGCCACUCAUUGUGUUGGCAGGAUCAUCCGAUACCAAUCAGGAGACAAUGGGAGCUUUCCAGGAGUUCCCACAGGUUGAAACAUGCCGUCUAUACAGCAAGUUUUCAGCAAGACCCAGUAGCUUGGAGGCUAUUCCAGUUGUCAUUGAAAAGGCUGUAAGAAGCAGUAUCUAUGGCCGACCUGGUUCCUGCUACGUAGAUAUUCCAGGAGACUUUGUAAACAAAAUGGUUAACAGGAGUGAUGUCAGGUACACUGAAUGCUGUUUGCCACCUCCCACCAGCCUAGCAGAUCCCACCACUGUAAACAAAGCAGUAUCAUUGCUAAAGAAUGCUCAACAACCUCUCAUCAUAGUGGGAAAAGGUGCUGCUUUUUCACAUGCAGAAAAAAGCAUCAGAAAAUUGGUGCAAGAUUAUGGACUUCCAUUCUUACCUACUCCAAUGGGCAAGGGAGUAGUGCCAGAUAACCAUCCAAACUGUGUGGCAGCAGCCAGAUCCAGUGCACUUCAGAACGCUGAUGUUAUACUGCUUCUCGGAGCCAGACUCAACUGGAUUUUGCACUUUGGGCUUCCACCAAGGUUUCGACCAGAUGUAAAGAUUAUUCAGGUUGAUAUAUGUGCAGAAGAGCUUGGCAAUAAUGUAAAACCAGCUGCAAGCCUUUUGGGUGAUAUUGAUGCUGUGACACAGCAGCUUUUAGAGCACCUUGGUAAAACAUCUUGGAAAUAUCCAGCCAACACUGAGUGGUGGAAAACACUUAUGACGAAAAUAAGAGCCAAUGAGGAAAACUCAAAGGUUUUGGCAUCACAGACAUCACUUCCUAUGAACUAUUACACUGUGUUCCAAUAUGUGAAGGAGUCCCUUCCUAAUAACUGUAUCAUUGUGAGUGAAGGAGCCAAUACAAUGGACAUUGGCCGCACUAUACUGCAGAACUACCAUCCACGUCAUAGGUUAGAUGCUGGCACAUUUGGUACCAUGGGAGUUGGACUAGGAUUUGCUAUAGCAGCAGCGAUGAUUACAAAAGAUGAGUGUCCUGAGCAGCGAGUGGUCUGUGUUGAGGGAGACAGUGCUUUUGGUUUCUCAGGCAUGGAAGCUGAAACAAUGUGCAGGUAUAACCUACCGAUCAUCAUCAUUGUUGUAAAUAACAAUGGAAUUUACAAUGGAUUUGAUGAGGGCACAUGGAAUGAAAUGAUAAAGUCUGGGGACCCAGCAACCAUAGCUCCUCCGGUUGCACUGAUGCCUAAUGCUCACUAUGAACAGGUUAUGAUGGCCUUUGGUGGCAAAGGAUACUUCGCUCGCACCCCUGAAGAGUUGCAGAAUGCUUUAAAAGCCAGCUUUGCAGAAAAGAAUGGACCCUCAUUGAUCAAUGUUAUGAUAGAUCCAGUUUCAGACAGGAAAAAGCAGGACUUCCACUGGCUGACUCGAUCUAACCUGUGAUUGCCUUCAUCCUAUGAAACUGCACUUAGUAGCAUCCAUCUUACUAUAUGAGAACUAUGUGUAGUUCUUGUACAUGACUGAUAGCCUUGCCAUAUUAGUGAGAUUGCUAUUAAUGGGGAAGUUCAUCAAGUUGAGUAUGUUAUAGAUGAACCUGUUCUAAUGAACCUUUUAAUUCAUAUUAUGCUUUUGUUUAUUGAAUAAAAAACCUGCCCAUCUCCA